AUGGACAGCUCUGUGGCGCCUACUGAGCAUAGCAUGAAUGAAGAGACAACUAUAGAAAAUAGCACCACUAUUAUGGACCAUUCCAACGCCAACCAACCUAUGAUCAAUGACGUCCCUAGCCAGUUUACGCAAAAAACUGAACAUGAAGAUUUAAUGAAGUCUCCCGAUAUUCCUCCUAAGAAAUUGACACAAGAAACUACUAUUACUGAGUCUCCAAUAAUAUCUACUCAGAAAAUCACAAGCGAUGAAGAAAGUGAUGCAGGAGAUAACCAGAAAACUGGGGGUAAUAGCUUGGGCAAUACCACCAAAGAUGACAAAUUGAAUAUUACUACCGGUGAUCAUAAUAACGUUUUUGAGAGUCCAAAAAAAAAGGGCACACCAUUCAAAUUACCUAUAUUUACUCAUGACUUGGCAACAGGUAAUGAAACUUCGCCACACACACUACAACCCCUUAUCAUUGAAGACAAUAAUGAAUCUAAAUCAGAAAAACUCAUUAUUGAUGAAAAUUCCAAGGUUAUUAUAUCCUCAUUAUUUUUACCCUAUCAAAAAGAAGUCACAUUAGAGGACGUCAUAGUUAACCAGGAAUCUUUUCUAAGUAGAGAUGAGAAUAUCAGAAAUCAGGGUGGCGAGCCAAUCACUCUUAUUGAGAAAAGCCAAUUAAAUGUGGACGUGCCAAUUGAUGAUAAUGGACAGACGGCAUUACACUUGGCAGCUACGCUUGGCAAAGUCAAGCUAGUUCGAGAACUACUCGAGAAUGGAGCAAAUCGGUUUAGGGGGGAUAACGAUGGGCAAACCGCGUUAAAUAGAGUUGUUUAUGCUACAAACUGUUACGAAUUGGCGUGUUUUGAUGAAUUAUUAGAUUUACUUUAUCCAACUAUUAAAUUAAUAGAUAACAGAGGUAGGACUAUUUUGCAUCAUAUUGCAUUAACCAGUGGGUUGAAGGGCAGAUAUGAUUCGUCCAAAUAUUAUCUUGAAACGUUGCUUGAAUGGGUGGUCAAGAAAGGUUCCCAAUUCAGCAACGAUCCUUCACUUACAUUGAAAUAUUUCCUGGACGAAAUUGUCAAUAAAUCAGACAAAUAUGGUAACACAUGUCUUAACUAUGCGACCUUGGCAGGUCAUAAGUAUAUUGUCUCGCAGUUGUUAGAUAUUGGAGCUGAUCCCUACAAACCCAACAAAGUCGGUGUCAAGCCGGAUGAUUUAGGUAUUGAUAUUAAUAAGUCUAGGAUAUCCAGUGGGAGAGAUAUUACCAGGACUAUCGCUGAUUCACAAAUUGAAAGCGGUAAGAUGAGUAAUAUUGCUAUCAGUAUCAACGGUAAGAGUAUUACUGACAGUAACAACGAUAACGAAGAAGGCAAACAUAAAACCAAAUUUGAAAAAGUUACCACUAGUAAAAAAACUGGUUCAGAAUUUAAGGAACUUUCCAACAGUCUACAGCUAUUGGAUACCAUACAAACAUUUAUUACCAAUUUAGGGAAGGAUUUCAAACAAGAAAUUGAGCAGAAAUCGCAACAAAUUGAGAAAUUAAAUCCUGUUCUAAGAGACAAAACUUUGGUUCUAUCUCAGAAAAGAAAACAGUAUGAUGAGUUGCAGAAAACGGUUCAUAAGAUAUCCAAAAUCACCAAUAAAAUCGACAACCUCGAGAAGGCCAUAGAUGAGGAGGAGGCUAAGUUUGCAGAACAGAUAAAAGACUUGAAUGUUGAUAUUAACCAAAAUGAUAUUGUGGGAGCUUUUGAUCCUGAUCAACCAUUUACCAUUCCUGAAAUGUAUGAAGAUGUAGAGGCGAUUGUUGAGCAGCUUUUAAAGGAGAAAUUGAGUCGAAUAAAAAAGGAUGGAAUGGAUAUAUCCAAAGUAAGUGUUGAUGGUGAUGGUGAUGGUGAUGGUGAUGGUGAAGCAAAUGAAGCAUGCUUGUCUAGUUUUGACAUAUUAGAGGAACUAAAUUCAAUUAAAGUUGACGACAUUCUCCCUCUAUUCAAGGAAAAAAUAACUACUGAGAAAAUGGAAAAAUUGAAGGAACGUAUCCCACCGUCGGUUGUGCUUGAUGCAAGAAUCCGUGCGUAUGAAAAGAAUAACAAAAACUUGCUGGAUAAAAUGAAUAAUAGAAGACUCAACAACAGUGAACUUGAGAAUCAGUUCAAGAGAAUCAUUGCGCUCUGCAUCAAUACUGAUCCUGAAAAUAUUGAUGAUAAACUACUUUCAAGUUUGCUUAUGUCUGUAGAAAACGAUCCUGAUCCAGAAAUCGGGCAAAUCAGAAAAGUCCUUAAAAUAGUGGGUGAUCUAGAUGGGGAACCUAAACAAGAUCAACAAAUCUCAAACCCUGCAUCUGUUUCUGCUUCCUCCCAUACACCACUAGCCUCUGCAUCCGUCGCCACAGGUUCUUCUUCGGCAUCCAAAUCCGCUUCUAUAGCUAAGUAA